UAUAUAUACAUGCACAUAUAUAAAUGAAAAUUAAAAUUAUUUCAAAUUUUGAAAAUAAUAAUAAUUCUUAUUUAGAAAAAUGAAUUUCAUUACAUGUUACGUAAUUCUAAUGUGCACAAUUCUCGGCGUUUAUUCUGACUCUGAGCCACUUAUCGUCAAAUCAGUUGCUAACAAAUUAGGCGAAAAUGCUAGUCAUGUUAGCCACAAAACCUUCCUUUUAAUUCCCGAGUAUGAUGACGAACUUCAUGACUUUCCACAUGAACGAUUGGCGGAAGAAGAGAGACCAUUUCACAAACUUUCUGAGAUUCUCAAUUCUGAACCAGUCUUACCAUUAUGGUUGGUGAGCCCAAUUUACUAUGUAGUCGAAAUGAUCUCACGAACCUUCGCAAAUUUAAUUAUUUCAAAAAUGUAUCCAGGAGACGAUGUUGAAUGAUGAAGGCGUAUGAUACAUAAUGAAGUAUUAAAAUUUAAAACAAAAUAUUAUUUUUUAAGGUUUGCAUGCAUAAAUUUUUGCUUUUAUUAUUCAAAAAUAAAACAAUUCAUAAUUAUAAUACUUAAGUAUUGAUCUGUAGUGUGUCGAUUUAUUUUGUGUUCUUAAGCUUCAUGGUUAGCUCGUCCACACAAUGGUUACUAACUAGCGUCUGACGGUUUCAUAAAUCAGCAGGUGAACUCAUUGUGAUGAAUACACCACAAAGCGAAGCGAAGAAGCAAUGUGAAUUAAAAGGGAUGAAGCGACGUGAAUUGGAGAAGGCUGGUGAACCAACUCCUUGGAUUACAAUACGAACGAAUGGGUGAAGAAAUAGGCAAAGCGCAUUGGAGAAGGCUAACGAGCCAAUUCAAAGAGAUAGAGCGUGACUAAGAAUAUAUAGUCAGAGAAAUAUAAGACAGACAUACGACAAGCGAAAUAGGCACACAUGAAUUAAAGCGACGAAUAGUUGACAAGGUCAAAUGACAAGUGGAACAUAUCAUGUGAGCUCAUACAAACGAGACAAUAAUAAGAACGAAUGGUAC